UGUGACGUCACACCCGGCGCGCCCCCGGAGACCUGGCAGCGGAGCCCGUGCGGGGGUUGCCAGGAGAAGGCGGAGCGCUAACGGUCCUAACGCUAACGGCCGUCGUACCCCGCCGCUGCUGUUCCCUGCCCCCCGCCGCUGUUGCCCUCCCCGCCUAGCUUCUACUGGUCUUCUGCCAAGGGUGGUAGGCACUGGAUCUCUCCCCACAUCUCUCCCUUGAGGCCAAGCGCAGGUGUCCCCUCAAGCCAGACAGCCGGUUUGGGAGCGAGCCUGAGGUAGCCACCCCGGAGGGGAAGUGGAGGGAGGGCAGGGCCCUGAGCGGGUUUGAGAGAGGAGUCUUACCCGACGCCCCUGGAUUCUAAGCCUCUCCCUGUUUCAGAGCAGGGGGAGGGAAGGCAAGGAGAUCUUUAAGAGAAUGUGACUGGGGGGGAUUAUGGCUUUCUGGUCCAAUUGUGUGCGUAUUUUGUACCCAGAAUGCUAUUAUAUGGUUUCUUAACCGGAGGACUCUGGUUGGGAGACUCGAGUCUGGAAACAGAGCCCUUCACGGAGGAGCCACACCUCUGCCUAUUCAUCAGAAACAUGGAUAUAGAAAUAGCUUUGGGGGAAUUGUCAUGAGGACCAGUGGGCAUACCUAGCACUUCAUACCUAGGCGUACCGAGACUACUAUCACUGAUACCUUUGAUAGCUAGCACUUCAUACCUAGGCGUACCGAGACUACUAUCACUGAUACCUUUUAUAGCUAGCACUUCAUAGACUGCUGUCACACGUUCAUUUUUACUAGUAUCUAUUGAACACUGAGUUCCAGGCACUGGGCUAGGCAUUGGGAGGGUGUCACAAGCAAAAACUGACCCUUCCUGCCGUGGAGUUUACUGGGGGAGGCACAUGUUACUGAAAGAAUCACACCAACAAUAGAAAAUGGCUCAGACAGAUGAGCAAAGGUGCAUCCCGCUGGAGCUGCCAGAAAUGCUGAAGAAGUUUGCCAGAGCCGUCAUCCUGGCGCAGCCGGAGGACCUCCUCCAGUUUGGGGUCGAUUAUUUUGGGGCCCUGUGCCGUGGAGAGAGUCCUCCGGUGAGAGACCAGUCUGAGCAAGUCGGUAACUGGACACAAUUAACACCGGAGCUUUUAAAGAUCCUGCAUUGUCAGGUUGCCGGCAGACUGAUCGUCCGUGCAGAUGAGCUGGCCCAGAUGUGGAAGGCGCUGAAUCUCCCAACACAUCUGUUUAAGAGUGUGAUGAACAUGGGUCGCUUCACGGAGGAGAUCGAGUGGCUGAAGUUUUUAGCCCUCACUUCCAAUGCUCUGGGAGUUACUAUCACCGACACUCUCACGUUACUGUGUGAGGUCUUAUGUGAACAUGAUGGUGGGCCACCCCGGAUACCUUUCAGCACGUUCCGGUUUCUCUACACGUAUAUUGCCAAAGUGCGUGGUGAGAUCUCUGCAUCACACGUCAGCAGAAUGCUAAGCUACAUUGAGCAGGAAGCAAUUGGUCCUGAUGGUAUCAUCAGAGUGAAUGACUUUACCCAAAACCCUAGGGUUCAGCUGGAGUAAAAGCACAAUUUUGGCAGUUUUAAAGGAAGAUGCAGAGAUGAUUGUACUUCAGAAUGACUGAAACUCAUAAACCCUCCAAAAUCAAUUUUCUUGUACAACUGGUACACACGAAUAAACAAUUAAACAAACAUAUGAAAUCAGAAA